UCAGGUAGCACGGAAGGAUCAAAGACCUAUGGAGAGAGACCGGCUGCCCCCGAUUUUUUUUCCCGCGGAAACGGACACCGACUGACGAACGCGCGCGGUGCGCCCGGUGUCGGAUUCGGAACCCGGCCUUAAUUUGGGGCCUAUAUAUGAAUCCAUGCCAAACCAUAACCAUUACCCCGAUCGUCACCGAUCGCUCCCUCAUCAUCCAUCCAUCACAGAACCAACCGCCGAUCGACGCACGAAGAAACCAAGAACUCGCGGACGCCGGCAAGAGGGGAGAUAGCUAGGCGCCUGCAGGCGGAGGGACGACCGAUAAUGGCGCGUCGUGGCACGGAGGCGUUCCCCGACCUGGGCGCGCACUGCGACGAGCCCGACUGCAACCAGCUCGACUUCCUCCCCUUCGAGUGCGACGGCUGCGGCGGCUUCUUCUGCGCGGCGCACCGCGCGUACCGGGACCACGGCUGCGCCAAGGCCGCCGACCAGGGCCGCACCGUCGUGGUGUGCCCGGACUGCGGCGACGCCAUCGAGCGGGCGGCGGCGGUGCCGGGGCCGCAGGGCGACCGGGAGAUCCUGGACGCGCACGCGCGGUCGCGCCGCGGCUGCGACCCGGCGAGGAAGCGCAAGCCGCAGUGCCCCGUGCGGCGAUGCAAGGAGGCGCUCACGUUCAGCAACACCAGCCAGUGCAAGGGAUGCGGCGUCAAGGUGUGCCUCAAGCACCGGUUCCCCGCGGACCACAGCUGCGCGGCGGCGGCGGCCGCGGUAGCCAGAAGGGCUGCCGGUACUGCGAGGUGUGGCCGCGACGUGGUGCAGAAGAAGCAAGGUGGUUGCCGGCCGGCGCUCGCGGUGUCCGCCAGGAGCUUCAAGAUCUGUUGAGCCUUCGAGGGAGGUGACUGUGGCGUGUUGGCAGGCCACGGACCAACGGCAGCAAAGGAAGAAGUCGCUCGUUCCAGACGGGGGAAGCAUGGCAAUGGAAAGAAAGAGCCCGUCGUCAGAGAAGGAACACGUUGAUUCAAGCGGCGAUGUGAUUUCUUAUGUUGUUGUUCCAUGUAAUUAUUAAUUGCCUACCCCGAUUUGAUUGGGAGGACUAAAAGGCUCUGUAUAAUUGCUCCGUGGAUUGAAAUAUUUCAGAAAUAUUUACGUGCCGUA